AUGGUAACUCAUCUUAGCAGGCUCAUGGCCAACGUCGGUGGUCCCAAGUCAAGCAGGAGAAGACUGAUAAUGUCUGCAGUCCAGCCCGUGCUCCUUUACGGGGCUGAGGUGCGGGCAGACACAAUAAAUAUUGAAUUUUAUCGGAUACGGAUCGCCCGGGUACAGCGUCAAGCGGCGCUCCGGGUGUGUUCCGCCUACCGUACAGUGUCUGCGCUUGCCGUCCUGGUUAUUGCUGGAGUCAUCCCCGUCAAGCUUUCGGCAGGGGAGAGGAAAGCAAUUUAUCAGCGGAAAGGUGAAAUUGGCAAGGACACUGCAAGGACUGAAGAGCGCUCUCGUAAGUACCAGCAAUGGCAAAACAGCUGGCAAAAAGACACCCGUGGACGUUGGACUGCCAGACUUAUCAAACAAAUCCAACCGUGGGUAGAACGGCGGCAUGGCGAGGUGGAUUACUACCUCACAAUGUUUUUGAGUGGUCACGUAGACACGGUCUGUGACCGGAUGUUGGAGGGCAAUGACUACUGGUGCUGCUGGGUAUACUCCGUGUCAAAAAGAGUGAUAUGGACCGGAACGCGGGACAGAUCCAAGAUACGAACGGCUAGAUAG